AUGCCCUACAAAUCUCGAUGGAGUAUCGACAUUCCAAACACCCAUUUAGCAUCCUCCAUCCUCAAAUCUCCAACAGCACCACUAUCAAAAACCAAAAAAGCCUUCAUCGACGCUGAAAAACCAGAUACCCACUUCCUUACCCCCCAUGAUUUCCGUCUCUGGAGCCAGCGCUUCGCCGCUGGUCUCCGCAAAUCGGGCUUCAAGCGCGGUGAUCGCGUCCUUCUCUUCUCAGGCAAUGAUAUCUUCUUCCCAGUAAUUUUUAUGGGAAUCAUUAUGGCCGGUGGAAUCUUCACAGGCGCAAAUCCCACAUACGUCGCACGCGAACUAGCUUACCAGCUUCAAGAUAGCGAGGCAAAGUACCUGAUCUGCGCAUCUGGAAGCCUGGAAACAGGUCUCGAAGCAGCGUCCCUCGCAAGCCUCCCAAAAGAGAGACUAUUUGUCUUCGAUAACGGGGUCUACGAAGGAAAAUCUAACCCGAAAGCCGGAUGUCCGUACUGGGGUGAUCUCGUCGCAUCCGUUGAAGAAGGUCAGGCAUUUGUCUGGGAUGAUCUAAACACACCCGAGCUAGCAAAUCAGACUCUCGUACUCAAUUACUCCAGUGGAACGACCGGAAGGCCGAAAGGGGUAGAGAUCACGCAUAAGAACUAUGUUGCUAAUAUGCUUCAGUUUGUGCAUUUGUCUACUCUGAAGCCAGAUUAUCAGGAGACGAAGGAAAGGCUUAGGUGGCUGUGUUUCUUGCCUAUGUAUCAUGCUAUGGCGCAGACUAUCUAUAUUGCUGCUGCGCUUUAUCAUGAGGCGCCGGUUUAUUUGAUGCCGAAGUUUGAUUUUCUGGGAAUGCUGGAGGGGAUUCAGAAGUUUCGCAUUACGCAUAUUCAUAUCGUGCCGCCUAUUAUGGUGCUUUUGGCGAAGAGUCCCGCUGUGAAGAAGUUUGAUUUGAGUAGUAUUGAGGGGAUUGGGUGUGGUGCUGCACCUUUAGGACGAGAGACUUGUGUUGAGGUGGAGAAAUUAUGGCCUAAUGGGGCGGUCAAUGUUAAGCAAGGCUGGGGGAUGACAGAGGCUACAUGUUCUGUUUUAGGAUGGAGCCCGGAUGAAUUUAGUGACUCUGCAUCUGUCGGGGAACCUAAUGCCAACUGUGAAGCUAAGAUUAUGGCAGACGAUGGUACAGAGGUCCUAGCUCGAAAGCAGCGGGGUGAACUGUGGGUACGCGGACCAAAUGUCAUGAAGGGGUAUUGGCGGAAUACUAAAGCUACGGAGGAAACAUUAACACCGGAUGGAUGGUUACGAACCGGUGACAUCGCUUAUGUGGAUGAUCAGAGCAAGUUCCAUGUUGUGGACCGAAUGAAGGAAUUGAUCAAGGUCAAGGGGAACCAAGUGGCUCCCGCGGAACUGGAGGCUUUAUUAUUGGAGCACCCGGCUAUUGCAGAUGUCGCGGUGAUUGGCGUGACGAUUAAUGCCGACGAACGACCUCGAGCAUAUGUUGUCUUGAACGCGGGACAAUCAGCUAGCGGCGAGGAGAUCGUCCGAUUCAUGGACGGGAAGGUUCAUCAUAGCAAGCGUAUCACUGGCGGGGUAGAAUUCAUCGAUACGAUCCCGAAGAACCCAUCAGGGAAGAUCCUACGUAGAGCAUUGCGCGAGCGAGCGCAGGCGGAGCUGAAGCAGCAAGGUGUCACGGCCAAACUUUAG